AUGACCGUACCCAAAACUCACACGAUCGCAGAGAAUGGGGUGAAUGGUGCUGCCAAUGGGGUCGAUGGCGGUCAUCGUAUCAAGACGUCGCAUCCGAACCCCUCAUUGCUGGUGACAGCAGACCAUCAAAUCAAAAUGGCCGAGGCGCCAGUCGAAGAGCCUGGCCCGGGAGAUGUGUUGCUACAUAUCAAGGCGACCGGUAUUUGCGGUUCGGAUAUUCACUUUUGGAAAGCCGGCAGAAUAGGCUCUCUGGUUGUCGAAGGGGAUUGCAUCCUCGGCCACGAAGGCGCGGGCGUCGUGCUCAAGUGCGGCGAAGGCGUGACAGACUUGAAGCCGGGUGACCGAGUUGCGGUCGAGCCUGGUGUGCCUUGCGAGAAGUGCUUUUUAUGCCGCGAGGGUCGUUAUAAUCUCUGCGACGAUGUAGCAUUUGCCGGUGUUUAUCCCUACGCCGGUACGGUGCAAAGAUACAAGGUGCAUCCGGCAAAGUGGCUAUACAAGAUUCCGGAUAAUAUUACCUGGGCAGAAGCUGCUCUGCUGGAGCCAUUGAGCGUUGUUCUUCAUGGCGUCAAGACUGGAGGACUCAGUCUCGGAAAGCCGGCAUUGAUCUGUGGUGCUGGUCCCAUUGGUCUCAUCGCCCUCGCAGCGGCACGAGCUUCCGGUGCAUACCCGAUUGUCAUUACGGACCUCGAGCCUAAACGACUGGCCUUUGCACGCGAUUUUGUACCUGGUUGCAUAACCUAUCAAGUCGACAGGAAAUUGUCGUCGGAAGAGAACGCACAAGCUGUGAGGCGUCUAUAUGGAGAUAAUGAGUACUCGGCCCCACCGACGGUUCUCGAGUGCACUGGCGUUGAGAGCAGUGUUGUACUAGCUGCCCAUGUGGUGCGCCGAGGUGGCGUUGUCUGUGUUAUUGGUGUCGGUCGCGAAAUCAUGAAUAAUCUGCCAUUCAUGCACAUUUCGCUUGCAGAGAUCGACCUCCGAUUCAUUAACCGAUACAGAGAUACGUGGCCUGCUGGCAUCAACUGUCUUGCCGGUGGUAUCCUGGAUCUGAAAAAGCUGGUUACUCACGAGUAUCCACUGGAAGAGGCUUUGGAGGCGAUGAAUCUGUGCUCUGACCUGUCAAAGGGCAGCAUCAAGGUGCAGAUUGUAGAUGACGUAGAUGCUCAGAUCAUCUAG